AUGACAAAGCAAGAGUGGAAAAACAAAACAGCUGUUACAGAGUUCAUUCUCCUGGGAUUUGGGAAUGGCUCUAACCUGGAUUCUCUUCUCUUCCUGCUAUUUCUGUCAAUCUACAUUGUGACCAUAACUGCAAACAUCUCCAUCAUUGCGCUCGUGGUGGCAAAUCGGCACCUUCACACUCCAAUGUACUUCUUCCUGGGCAAUUUGUCCUGCCUGGAAAUCUGCUACAGCUCAGACAUCUUGCCGAGGAUGUUACUUAGCUACCUGGGUGGAGAAAGAAGAAUUUCAGUCAAUGGGUGUCUUACACAAUACUAUUUUUUUGGUUGCUUGGCAGCUGCAGAGUGCUAUCUCCUCACAGCGAUGUCCUACGACAGGUACCUAGCAGUGUGCCAGCCCCUGCGAUAUGCGUCCCAAAUGAGCAGCAGGCUCUGCCUCGGGCUGGGAGCUACGUCUUGGGCAAGUGGCUUUCUAUCCAAUUCUAUACUAACGUUCCUGAUCUCCAGUUUAGAUUUCUGCGGGCCUAACGAAAUUGAACAUUUUUUCUGUGACUCGUUCCCAAUGAUAAAACUCUCCUGCAGUGACCCGCAUGUGGUGGGACGGGUCAUUUCUGUUGUGGCGGGUGUGUGCGCGCUGCCUCCGUUUCUGUUGACCUUCUCAUCCUAUCUCUGCAUCAUUGCCACCAUCAUGAGAAUCCCUUCUGCUGCUGGAAGGAAAAAGGCCUUUUCCACUUGCUCCUCACAUCUUGUCGUGGUAAUUCUUUUUUACUGGUCAAUAUUAACUGUCUAUGUCCUUCCUCAUUACAACACCCAAAUAUCUCCAAACAAAGUCUUCUCUGUUUUUUAUACCAUCCUCACCCCCUUGGUAAACCCUCUCAUCUACAGUCUAAGAAACAAAGAAGUAAAGGAAGCUCUGCGAAAACAGUCAGGUAAAUUUCUGGCUUUCAGAGGGUGA